UCGGAUAGUUUAUCCCAAAAAAGCUUGAGAGUUUUCAAUACUAUUGUUUUACACCGAUCGAUUUAUUCUUGCUUAACCCAUUAGGUCCCAAUGUUCCCAUUAGGGAAUCUGUACAAAUAACGAAAUUUUAUCGAAAAUCACCCAUAUAUCGAACAGCUGAUAACCAGUUACAUAUUCUCACAUUCCUAUGAUUAUAAUCAGCUGUUCUUGAUGAUCUCCAAUGAUCACGUUUACGGUAGCAAGCAAAUAUUUUCGGAAGUAGUACAUUUUUCUUUUCUUCGGUUUUUUUUCGCUAAAUUUGUUUAUUUUAACAAUAAAACCCAUGUGUCGUCUUUGUUGUGCUAUAUUGUGGCACUGAAAUUGUAUGUUCAGCCAAAGAGCUCUAAAACUUCAUGAAAUUGAGGGAAUUUUCGAAGAAAUUCUCGAAGACGUAGAGUUGGGUGACGAAAGCACUAUUGAUAUAGUGCAACUGCCACCAGAUGCUGAUAGUCUGACUGAUUGCGAAGAUGUUGAUGAAGACAAUCUCGAUGAAGUUGUAGAACUGAAGGCCGUAACGGGCGAAGUAGAAAUUCACUUUACCGAAAGAGAACAAGAUAUCGCCUUCUCACCAAGUACAACUUCAAAACGACAAAAGCUGGACGAAGAAAAUGCAGCCAGCAAAACUAGAUCAUCACGUUGGACUCAUACUGAUGCGACCUACAGUCAAAAUUUUUCAUCGUCUGAACGUUGGGAAAAUAGCAAAGCAAGUAUUCGGGAAAAAUUUCAACAAAAAGAGCCUUUAGAAAUUUUUGAGUUCUUUUUUGACGAUUUGCUAGUCCAACACGUAGUUAAAGAAAGUGUGCGCUAUGCACACCAAAAUAAUUUUCAUGGUUUUUCCCUUUCUUCAGAGUAUUUUCGUAAGUUUUUAGGCAUAUUGAUUUUUACAUCAUACCACAGUUUACCAUCUGAAAAGAUGUAUUGGUGCACUGAUGAUGACGUUGAUAUACAAAUUGUAAGAAACUCUAUGCCGAAAAACAGAUACCUUGAAAUCAAGAGAUUUUUACACCUUGCUAACAACGAUAACAUUAGCAACAGUCUUCCUGAAAAGGACUUCAAAAUUAUGCCAUUGAUAGAAAACCUCAACGAAAAUGUUUUGUAACUCAACGUGUUUUCAAAACAAUUGUCUGUAGAUGAGCAGAUAAUACGAUAUUACGGAGGUCACUUCCUAAAGCAAUUUCAUAAAGGAAAGCCAAUACGUUUUGGGUUAAAACAGUGGAUUAUGGCCUGUGGAGAAACUGAGUUUUGUUACAAUAUUGAACUGUAUCAAGGAAAAAGAGAUCCUGUUGAGAAGGAUUUGACAAGUGUGGGAGAAAAGGUCAUAACUUCAAUGGUUAAUCAUCUGGAGAAUCCUGAAGACCACGAACUAUAAUUUGACAAUUUCUUUUCAAGUUUCAGACUGAUUUCACUUAUAAGUAAGAAAAAUGUGCGUGCCACCGGAACAGCCAGAUUCAAUCGUCUCAAUAAGUGUCCUAUAAAAACAGAUGAUACUAUGAAAAAAGAACCCCGAGGCGCUGUUGAUUAUAGAUUUGACAAAAAUAGUGAAGUACUAGUUGUCUCAUGGAAUGAUAAUAGAUGUGUGAAAGUUAUUAGCAAUCACCUAAACAUAUAUCUAAUGCUACCGGUUCAAAGAUACUGCAAAAAGGACAAAAAAUAUGUCGAAGUACUUCAGCCUAAUUUAAUAUCACAAUAUAAUAAGUACAUGGGAGGUGUUGAUAAGUUAGACUGGCAUAUUAAUAAAUAUCCUGUAAAACUUAGAGGAAAAAAGUGGUACUUCAGGCUUUUUACAAACUGUUUGGAUAUUUGUAUGUACAAUGCAUUCGUUUAUUGUAAUAUAAGUCAUGAAAGGAUUUCUUAUCUUGACUUCAUUCGUAUGGUAGCUAUUUGCAUAUACAUUCUGAUCUUUCAGAUCCGAAAAUACUUGGCCGCCCAGUUCGUACAAAACAUGUUUUAGCUGCUAUUCCAAAUCGAAAACAAAAACGAUGUGCGUUCCGUAAAAAAAAUUCACGUAAGAUGUGUACUGAAUGCGAUCGAGGCAUGCACGUUCAUUGCUUUGUGAACUAUCACAAUAUGAUUUAAGUCUUAUUUACCCAAUGUUCCCAUUUGGGAACUAACUAUUCAGAUGAAAUAAAAUAUGUAUAUGAUUUCUGAAAACCGAAA